CUUGCCCACUUAGGGGCUGCCGAGGCCGUCAGCCCCGGCCCUGUGUCCUCCAGUGAGGUUGUCCCCGCGGGCUGGAACCUCUGCACCAUCAUCGGGGUGCUGCUGGGCUACCCAGCGGCGUACGCCUUCGCCGCGGAGGAGGGAGCCGAGAACUGCUUGGCGCUGACGCCGCUGAGGGUGUACACGGUCCAGGCCUCCUGCCCCAGGAUAAGGGAUGGUCUCAGGGUCCAGAUCUACUCCUUCAGCAUCCCGGAGAGCCUCUGCACGGAGCUGAAGGAGGUGCUGGAUGCUUGGCGCGAUGAGCUGAAGGAGGCCUUCAGCGCGCAGAGUGACUUUGUGGAUCUCUGCAUUACGAGCGAGGUGGUGUCUCUUCCAGUGGUUGCCUUGUAA